AUGCCUGACACCACUUCCCAACCGUCGUCACGACCGCACUCAGUCCACUCAGUCCAUUCAUCAAGCUCGCGUCGCUCUGCACCUCGCAACAACAAUGACGAGAACACUCCAUUGCUCUUUACAAACGAUAACGACCAUAAUGUCGAAGCACAAGAUCAAGCGGAGCCAUCAGCCGAAUCGGCAUCUCAGUCACACUCACCUGCUGUCGCCCGCUUACUACACCUGUUCCAACCCAAAUCUCAGAACCCUCCAAGAUGGUCCAGUCUGUUGGCUCUACUGUUCCUCUGCAUACUUGCCGUCCUUAUCAUGGUCCUGGGAUUCCUAGCGCCCUCCAAGGUCCAAGAGUAUGCUGUUGAAGCCGCCACUUUCGAGCCUACGAGCUUGUCCAUACAUUCUUUCACCGCUACAGGUGUCACAGCCAGGAUACAAGGUGAUUUCUCGAUGCGUGCAGACAAAGUCAAGGACGAUUCUGUGCGCCGCUUUGGUCGCUUCGGUACCUGGAUUGCCAGAAAGGUCGAGACUGGCCAGUCGUCGGUUCAGGUCACUCUUCCGGAUUAUAAGGAUGCACUUCUCGGCACGGCCCAAGUACCGUCAAUCGUAGCGGAUAUACGCAACGGCCAUACCACUCACAUUGACUUCCUGACCGAGCUGUCUCCUGGUAACACUGACGCCAUUAGGCGUCUUGCGAAAGACUACCUUGAUGGGAAACUCCAAGAACUGCGUGUGUCUGCCGAGGCUUCGGUGCCCGUCAAAUCAGGUCUGAUCAACCUGGGUAGGCAGACUGUUUCUCGUGCCAUGGCUUUUGGAAACGACAGAAUCCCAACUCUGCCAGAGUACAAGAUUCACAAGCUCAACUUCCACGAGAUCGAAUUACCAGACCUCCAGCGCGCUAUGGUCGCUGAUGUUGCUGUUGAGCUCGCUAAUGACUACCCCUUGGACUUUACUAUCCCUCCUCUGGGUUUCGCUAUCCUCGUCGAUAAUUGCCAGUCAUCGCAACCCUUGAUUCAGCUGGCGGAUGCUACUACACCAAGCCUUUCUGUCCGACCGAAGGAGAACGUUAAUGUCAGCGUAUCUGGUCUCGUUAGUCGUUUGCCCCAGGCCUUUACCCAAGCUUGUCCUGGCUCACACGAGUCCCCUCUGGAUAUCCUACUUGGUGGCUAUAUCCGUGGUAACGACACUACCGUAUAUGUACGGGGCUCAGACUCCCCCUCCCUGGACACUCCAAAGUGGAUCACAGACCUCAUGUCAGACAUAACAGUGCCAGUCCCUUUCCCUGGUCACACUUUCGGACACUUGAUCAGAAACUUCACCAUGGCCGAUGUACACUUCGGGCUGCCCGACCCCUUCUCCGAGCCCAACAGUCCGGAAGCACAACCUAGGAUCUCCGCUGUCAUCAAGGCUCUGGUUGCUCUUCCUGAAGAAAUGAACUUCAACAUAAGCGUGGGCCGCGUGAGAGCAAAUGCUGAUGUGUUUUACCAUGGCGCCAAACUUGGGUAUCUUGAUUUGAGCAAGUGGCAGAAGGCAAACUCGACUCGUAUUGACUCGGCCAAGGACGAAGGUCCUCUUCUAGCGGUACAGUCGGCGAUCGAAAACGCACCUCUGACCGUGACGGACGACGACGUAUUUACUGAUGUGCUGAACGCACUUCUCUUCGGUGGCAAGGGAGUUGAGCUUGGAAUCAAGGCGGACGUGGACGUGGAGAUGGAGACAGCACUCGGCCAACUGGCUGUGAGGAAGAUUCCUGCUGAAGGCUCAGUGCCUGUCAAACCCGAGAAUGAAGUAGCUAAUAUGCGGCCCCUUGUAGCCAUCAAACGAGGCGGUAUUGGCUCAUUCACGCCGAAAAUCGGCGACCUACAAAUACUGGAUACUGGCAAGACCUCUUUGACCUUGACCGCGUCGGUGAAUUUCACCAACCCCACAGAAUAUAGCGCGACGGUCCCCUUCGUCGACAUACAGAUUUUGACCAACGGCACACUACUCGGACAUGCUACAGCCAAGGAUGUGACAGUUGUACCCGGCUUCAAUACCAACAUUCUUGUGACGGCCGUAUGGGACCCUAAGACGAUGGGUGGCGAGGGAGCUCACCGGGUGGGCGUCGAGUUCCUGUCUCAAUACAUCUCCGGCUUCAAUACGACGCUUACACUGCGUACCCACGAGGGGACCAUACCGGCACAGCCAGCUCUUGGCCGUGCGUUAUCCAAAUUUGCCGUUGAUCUCCCAACACCCAAUCUGAGAGGUGGAGGCGGAGGCGGCGAGGCAGAGAAGCACUUCAUCCAGGACGCAACAAUGCAUCUUAUCACAAGCACUGCAAAUUUCGUGCUGCUUUCGCCGUUGAAGACGUCGACUAUAUACGUCACGUACAUCAACGCGACAGCAUUUUACCAUGAAGAUGCAGUUGGACAUAUCGUCUAUGAUCUGCCGUUCGCCGUGCCACCCGGCUCGUCAACGUCGCCGCGUUUGCCGGUAAAUUUUGGAUCUCUCGGAUACGACGAGGUUAAAGGGGCAUUGGGUGGAUCGCUCAAAAUGGCAGCGAAAGCAACGGUCGGUGUGCGUCUGGGCAGUCAAGAUGGUCGAAAGGGUAUCCCCGGAUUGACAUGUGAUGCGGGGUCACAAAUGAACAAUCGCAAACGCACGUCGCGCCGGUCGCACACCAACCUCGCCAAUCUGAGACUGGCCCCUCUGUCACGAGAUAACAGCCCUGUAGAUGGCCGCAUGAAUCCUCUCACGUCACCGCACACAUCCUAUAUCGAAGGCAAGUCGGCGCCUACCACGCCGAGCAUCCUUGGCCGCAGCUCCAGUCGACGCCGGCUAGGGGGUGCUGGUCUGAGUCGGAAACUCUCCAUAUACGAUGCCGAGUAUGCCCCGGUGCAAGUCACAACACAAGGGGUGCCCAAAAGCGCUCUGCGACCGGACGCAGGAGAUCAUGUCAUGCCAAAGGCGAAGAGCGAGGCUGCUUUGCACCCUCGGCCCACUCGCUCGGGUCUGCCAAAAUUACGCACGCCUCUUCUCCAUCCCAAUACUGCCAUACUUGCUGUCAAGCCUCACGACAAGCAAAACGACGACGACUGGUUCACUCGCGCUGGUCUAGCCACGACAUCAAUGCUACGAGAGUCUAAGGGACAGUCAUGGCUGGCGUCACGCCAUUCUUCAACAUCAUUACAACUCGUGCAAUCCUCGGACGACGACGAAGAAGAAGCUCUGGCUAGUAAGAGUGCCGUCUCUCUACAACGUCUCCACUUUGCCGACGACGAGUUCAGUCCCGAGACACCGCGUGCCACCAGUAGAUGGGGCAGUAGAUUUGGCAGUCGCGCUGCCAGUGCUCGCAAUAGUCGACGUGGAAGCAGAGCAAAUCUGGAGUCGUCGGAUCUCCUUCGUGAUCCUGCCGAUUACUUUGGUAGUGCUGUCUUGGAACCAGAGAUCUCUAUCAGACCUGACUUUGUCGACCCGCGAGACAAUUCAGAUGAUGAAGAUCCUGAGCAAGAGGUUGCUAGACUGGCUAGAGAGGCCUCGUUUGGCUUUGGUCCGCUCAUAGACCGACUAGUCGGUUGGACUUUGUUCGAUGUCACAGAAGACAGGGAGGCUACUGAUGUCGAGACUGAGACAGAGGAUGAAACUCCGACUAUACACGACAGAGUGGUACAUGCACCAGUGCGACCUCUGUCGCCUCCUCGACCUAGACAGCUGGUCGCUGGAGCGGAUCGGCAAAGUAAUCACGAAGAAGGCGGUUGGCAAGAUGCGGCGUGGUUGCUCGGCGUUGCCUCCAAGGUUUUGCUUUGA